AUGAUGUCUGUGGCGGCACUGGUGGCAGUGCUGCUUCAAGCCCUGCUCGAUGCCUUUAUGCCAGGCAGGGAAUCGGACAAACAGAGGGCUGAACGCCUGCAGCAGGAUCUGAGCCGCUACCAGGGCAGAGAUAGAGCCAAGCGCCUGGAGAAGGAGCUGCUCUUGCAGAGGCGAAAGUAUGAGGCGGUGGUGAGCAUGUUCACCCGGGCGAAGGAUGAGCUGCAGAGGAUGGUGAAGACCAGCAGUGCAGCGCAGGUGGAUCUGCGCGAGAUGAAAGCGGAGAGGCGGGCGCAGCGCGCAGCUCAGCUGGAGACGCUACAUGAGAGGGAACGCCUCAGCGCUGAGCUGACAACGGCUGAGCAGACGUCCAGUCAGCUUCGCCGCCAGCUGGACGCGGCCCGAGCGGCCGGGGCCGAGGCGCGCGCCGCCAGCUCGGCACUGACUCAGCGGCUCGCGUCCGCGUCAGCGCAGCUGUCAACGCUGCGCAGCGGUGGCGCAGAGGCGAGCCAAAAACUGCAGUCUGCGGAAGCCGCUCUGCAGAAUACCAGGCAGCAGUCGGCGGCCCUGCAGGAAGCUAACGCUGGGCUGCAGGGGAAAGUGGCCGGCCUGAGCGGGGAGCGGGGGAAGCUGGCAGGCAGGUGUGCUGAACUGGAGGCUGACCUGGCGGCGGCGAGCGCUGAGGUGGACGAGCUGCGGCAGCUUCUGGACGGCGUCAUGACCGAGAAGGCCGCGCUGGCUGCUCGAUGCUCCUCGCUCGAAUCCCAGGCGCACUGCUUGGAGGCGGACUAUGGGCAGCUGAGGAACUGGCUGGAGGAGGUGAUCGAGGAGAAGGCUGCCCUGGAGGCGCGCAUCGAAGACCUGGAGGGCGCCCAGGCGGAGGUGCUGGAUGAGAAGCUGGCGCUGGAGGGGUGGGUGCGCGGCAGCGUGGCCGAGCAGACCGAGACCUGCACGCGCCUCAAAUCCAUUCAGGCGCAGUCUCAGGAGCAGAGGGAGGAGCUGGUGACUCACAACGCCCUGCUGGCGGCGCUGCUGGUCCAGCUGGCGCAGCGUGACGCUGAGCUGGCGGAUCUGAGAUCCGCCACUUCAGCACGGCAGCCGUCGCUCGCACGGAAGCCGUCGCAGAAGCUGCUGCGGGCGCUGUCGGUGCCGGGCGCGCGCGCGAACCCGCCGUCGCCUAAGCAGGACACCCUGCUGACGCCAGCGCAGCCACCUAUGACAUCAGCGCGGUCGAUGACAUCAGCGGUGACAUCAUCGCGGGCCGCCGAGCCAUGCACGCCGUCGAAAGAGCCGCCCCUGCCGCCGCACGCCGCCGAACGCCGUGCUGCAUGCAACUCUGCAGCAGCCGUAACGGAUCCUACGGAGUCCCCCGAGCGAACACUUGCUGCGGGCUCUGCUGGAGCGCGCAAGAGGCUGUGCAUGGGGGAAGGCGUCAACUCACAAGGGGAUGGUGUCGGUAUGGAGGAAGCAGUUGAAGCUGUGAGAGAUGCAGAGGCCAGUGGACAGCUCAGCAGUGCGGUCAGCAUUGAGGCAGAUGCAGAGCAGGUGUCGCCAGAGCAGCCGCCGCAGAGCUGGAAGCUGCUGGCAGCGGAGAAGCCGCUGAGCAUCUGCGCGGAUUGUGCCAUGCCGCCCACGCCUGAAAAGCACGCCAUAGUGCAGGUGGAUGCGCAUGGAAGGAAUCCUGCGAGAAGUCUGGAUGACUUCAGCAUCAAAGCCAGGCCCGCCAUGGAGAUUGCAUGAUGUCCCAUUCUGAUCAGGGAUCCUUAAAUGCUAUUCACAGCUCUCCAGAUUUUGCCCGCAGCACUGCAGCUAUUCUGGUUCCAUCACUGUGACCAGAAAGUAUCGUGCAUAAACGCCCCUUCAUUGAGUUGCAGUCCCAGAACGGUACCUUGACAUGAAACGCCCUAACCUUGUGGAAAUGGACGCAUGCAAGUCCCAACACUCUAUAGUGUAGAUAGGUACUGGAGGAAGGUGUCGCAUUGCUUAGUUAUGUGUAGGCUAGGACUAUCCAUGCUGUGCAGCUGACAAGUCACUUGAAGUGUCUGCACUGCAGCACUGGCUUGUCAGGCCUUGCACCACAAAUUUUUCUUUGAAAGUUCCCAAGUAAGGAUUGCUCCUUUACUUUCUUUGCCCUUGAGCAGGCAAUGCAAGCAUCUUCAUUUUGUCAGGACUAGGUUGGUCCAUCCUUUGCAGGAUGAUCUGUGUACAGAGGCACAUGUGUUGAUUAGCGAGUGUCUUUGUGAUAAGUCUGGUCUCCUCAUGAGGCCACAAGAAGGCUGCAUCCCCAAAUUUCCUAGGAUCGUCAAGCGGGAUCGUCAAACGUGUGUGUCUAGAUUUGAUUGGUCGGUUUGAGUUAUCUCAACUUAUGUAUCUCUUUUUUGUACAGUAUCCUCAGGUUGUGUGCACAUGUGACAGUAUGCUCCAUGUACGGUAGCUAUCGCUAUAUAUGAGCACUAUAGUGAGCUGCAAGGCUGCAGGUAUGGUCAUGUAUUGAGGCAAGAAUAAUUGCACAAUGAGCCUAGCAUGCUAAACCUGCACAAAAGGGUGUUUUGGGGAGUUUGUUGCACACUGCGGCAGCUGCAGCUGCAGAGUUAAGGCUCCUUACCACUACACCAUGACAAUAGACGGUACUGUGGCCUUUCAAUUUUGGCGAUGUCAAGAACUUGCUAUCGACAUUUCGGCGCUUGUACAGAGUGCAGCCAGUGCAUGCCAGCUUGGCAUCAUACUAGCGCUUGUAAAUUUGUCAAUCCAGCC